GGAGCUGAAAUCGCGGAGCGGGAUGCCUGAGGGCGCUGUGAGCCAGGCUGCCCUACCGCCCCGGGGCUGGUGAGGCUGGACCCAAGCGGGGGCGUUGACGAGUAUCAGGGGCUUCUGAGGCGGGUGAAAGAGAAAGGUCCAGGGCCCGUGUGGAGGGCAGAAAGCGAGCUCCGGAGGGUCGGGGGAAGGAGGCUGCCGUGGCAGAACGGGUUGCUGGGCCACAGCGAGCCCCGCCGCGCCGAGUGCCCCUGGCUGCUAGUGCAGGUACCCAGGCCCGGUGAGGAACUCGCCGGUGGCCUCGGCGGCCUUGUCACUUGGACACCGCAGUUGCCGUGGGAACAUCUGGGAAUUAACGGGGACCAGACCGGCCACCAGUCCUACUCGGGCCCAGCCCAUCUCUUCAGUUAAACGCUGCUGGCAGGCGUGGCCCUGGCAUUUCUUCGCGGCUCAGGAUUUUCCCCCUCUUUUCAUGGGUCCGUGAGAGGGCAUACUGGAAGGUUCCGUGGGAAGGCAGUGCCGCUGUUAAGACAAGUCCCAAGACUGGACCAGAAUCUGUCCUAAGGGGCUCCUCAUCAUGAUGGCUAUGGAAGGGUCAACGAUUACCAGCCGGAUAAAGAACCUGCUGCGAUCCCCAUCCAUCAAAUUACGCAGGAGUAAGGCAGGAAACCGGCGAGAGGACCUCAGCUCCAAGGUGACCUUGGAGAAGGUGCUGGGAAUAACAGUAUCUGGAGGCAGAGGACUUGCCUGUGACCCCCGGUCAGGUUUAGUUGCCUACCCUGCUGGGUGUGUGGUCGUGUUGUUCAAUCCCCGGAAACACAAACAGCACCACAUCCUCAACAGUUCCAGGAAAACCAUCACUGCCCUUGCCUUCUCCCCUGAUGGCAAGUACUUGGUCACUGGAGAGAGUGGGCAUAUGCCUGCCGUGCGGGUUUGGGACGUAGCUGAGCAUAGCCAGAUGGCAGAGCUGCAAGAACAUAAGUAUGGUGUGGCUUGUGUGGCCUUCUCCCCUAGUGCCAAGUACAUUGUCUCUGUGGGCUACCAGCAUGACAUGAUCGUCAACGUUUGGGCCUGGAAGAAAAACGUUGUGGUAGCCUCCAACAAGGUGUCCAGUCGGGUGACAGCAGUGUCCUUCUCUGAAGAUUGCAGCUACUUUGUCACUGCAGGCAAUAGGCACAUCAAAUUCUGGUACCUUGAUGACAGCAAGACCUCAAAGGUGAAUGCCACUGUGCCCCUGCUGGGCCGCUCAGGGCUGCUGGGGGAGCUACGUAACAGCCUGUUCACUGAUGUGGCCUGUGGCCGAGGGAAGAAGGCUGACAGCACCUUCUGCAUCACAUCCUCAGGGCUGCUAUGCGAGUUCAGCGACCGGAGGCUUUUGGAUAAGUGGGUGGAGCUGAGAAACACAGACAGCUUCACAACCACAGUGGCCCACUGCAUCUCUGUGAGCCAAGACUAUAUCUUCUGUGGCUGUGCUGAUGGCACUGUGCGCCUUUUCAACCCCUCUAACCUGCACUUCCUCAGCACCCUGCCUCGACCCCAUGCCCUGGGGACAGACAUUGCCAGCGUCACUGAGGCCAGUCGCCUCUUCUCUGGAGUGGCCAAUGCCAGGUAUCCAGACACCAUUGCCUUGACCUUUGAUCCUACGAAUCAGUGGCUGUCUUGUGUGUACAACGAUCACAGCAUUUAUGUUUGGGAUGUGAGGGACCCCAAGAAAGUGGGCAAGGUGUAUUCGGCUCUGUAUCAUUCCUCUUGCGUCUGGAGUGUGGAGGUGUACCCUGAGGUGAAGGACAGUAACCAGGCCUGCCUGCCCCCCAGUUCCUUUAUUACCUGUUCCUCAGACAACACCAUUCGCCUGUGGAACACAGAGAGCUCCGGGGUACAUGGUUCCACCCUGCACCGAAACAUCCUCAGCAACGACCUCAUUAAGAUCAUCUAUGUGGAUGGGAACACUCAGGCCCUUCUGGACACUGAGCUGCCUGGAGGAGACAAAGCUGAUGGGUCCCUGAUGGAUCCCCGUGUGGGCAUCCGCUCUGUGUGUAUCAGCCCCAACGGACAGCAUCUAGCCUCAGGGGACCGUAUGGGCACGCUUAGAGUGCACGAACUGCAGUCUCUGAGUGAGAUGCUAAAGGUAGAGGCCCAUGACUCGGAGAUUCUGUGCCUGGAGUACUCUAAGCCAGACACAGGUCUGAAGCUGCUAGCAUCAGCGAGCCGGGACCGGCUGAUCCAUGUUCUGGAUGCUGGGCGGGAAUAUAGCCUACAGCAGACACUGGACGAGCACUCAUCCUCCAUCACUGCUGUCAAGUUUGCAGCGAGCGAUGGGCAAGUCCGCAUGAUCAGCUGUGGAGCGGACAAGAGCAUCUACUUCCGCACUGCACAGAAGUCUGGAGAUGGAGUACACUUUACACGGACACACCAUGUGGUACGGAAGACGACCCUCUAUGACAUGGAUGUGGAGCCUAGUUGGAAAUACACGGCCAUUGGUUGCCAGGACCGAAAUAUUCGGAUCUUUAACAUUAGCAGUGGGAAGCAGAAGAAGCUGUUUAAAGGGUCACAGGGUGAGGAUGGCACUCUCAUUAAGGUGCAGACAGACCCCUCAGGGAUCUACAUUGCCACCAGCUGUUCCGACAAGAACCUCUCCAUUUUUGACUUCUCCUCAGGCGAGUGCGUGGCCACCAUGUUUGGCCACUCAGAGAUUGUCACUGGCAUGAAAUUUAGUAAUGACUGCAAACAUCUCAUCUCUGUGUCAGGGGACAGCUGCAUAUUUGUGUGGCGCCUAAGCUCUGAGAUGACCAUUAGCAUGAGGCAGCGUCUGGCCGAGCUGCGCCAGCGUCAGCGAGGGAUCAAGCAGUACGGACCUUCUUCUCCCCAAGGGACUUCUGGACCUAACCGGCCCCAGGCCCCAUCCAUACUCUGUUCUGGACCAGCUCUCUCAUCAGACAGCGACAAGGAGGGAGAAGACGAGGGUACUGAAGAAGAAGUACUUAUGGCUCUGCCCGUUCUUGCCAAGGGUACCAAGAAAGAUCCAGCCUUGGUCCCCAGCCCAGCCCUUCCCCGAAGCCUGUCCCACUGGGAGAUGAGUCGGGCACAGGAGACGGUAGAGUUCCUGGACCCAGCGCCUGCAGCCAACCCAGGACCCAGAAGAAGGGGGCGCUGGGUUCAGCCAGGCACGGAGCUGAGUGUUCGCUCCAUGCUGGACUUGCGGCAGCUGGAAAAACUGGCUCCAAGCCCUCAGGGCCCCAGCCAGGACUCACUGGCCAUGACGCCAUCUGGUCCUAGGAAGCCUGGUCAGCAGGCCCCUGAGACCUCACUUGCUAGUCAGAAUGAAAAGCUCCCUCAGCCUCAGGCUUCCCAACCCUGUUCCUGCCCCCACAUUAUCCAAUUGUUGUCACAAGAAGAAGGGAUCUUUGCCCAAGAUCUGGAGCCUGCACCCAUUGAAGAUGGUAUUGUCUACCCGGAGCCUAGUGACAGCCCCACCAUGGAUACCAGUGAGUUCCAGGUACAGGCUCCAGGCCGAGGUACCCUGGGAAGAAUGUACCCAGGCAGCAGGGGCUCAGAAAAGCACAGCCCUGACAGUGCUUGCUCUGUGGAUUACAGCAGCAGCCGCCUUUCCAGCCCUGAGCACCCCAAUGAAGACUCCGAGAGCACGGAGCCCCUGAGUGUGGAUGGCAUCUCCUCAGACCUUGAAGAGCCAGCUGAGGGUGAUGAAGAAGAGGAGGAAGAGGAGGGAGGCACUGGCCCUUAUGGGCUACAGGAAGGCAGCCCCCAUACGCCGGACCAGGAGCAGUUUCUAAAACAGCACUUUGAGACUCUGGCCAAUGGGGCUGCUCCAGGAGGCCCAGUAAGGAUACCAGAGAGGACAGAGUCUCGGAGUAUUUCUUCACAAUUCCUGUUGCAAGUACAGACCCCCCAACUCAGGGAACCAUCCCCAUCCUCCUCAAGCCUGGUUCUGUUGUCGAGACCAGUCCAGGUGCCACAGGUGUCUGGUGAGCAGCUGAGAGGCAGUUGUGCCAAUCCUCCAGGAGCACCCCCGGAGGUGGAGUCCUUCCCUGGCUCCCCCAGCCCCCAGCAGGCAGCCCCUGUGCUGUUGUCACGACGCCAUCUCAACCUGGAUAGCAGCUGGGCCCUCAAGAGAAUGACCACAGGCAGCCCCUUAGCUGGACUCCAGAAAGCCCUGUCUGUGCAGAGUCUGGUGCCACAGGGUGAGAAGCCUGAUGAGGCUCUUUCACCAAGCCCAUUGCUGUCACAGGAGAUUGAGGCCCAGGAUGGCCUGGGUUCCCUGCCCAAGGCUGAUGGCUGUUUGUCUCGGUCCCACUCCUACCAGAACCCCACUGCCAGUUUCAUGGCCAAGAUGUCCCACAGCAUCUCUGUUGGAGAGAACCGGGGCCUGGCAGCUGAACCUCAAGCUCCUGCCCCCAUCCAAGUCUCACCACUCAGCAAGCUGGCCCUGCCCAGCCGGGCUCACCUGGUCCUGGACAUCCCCAAACCAUUGCCUGACCGUCCUACCCUGGCCACAUUCUCACCUGUAACCAAGGGCCGGGCCCUUGGUGAGACAGAACAGCCUGGCUCCCCAGUGGGCCUAAGAAACUCUCAGAGUACAUCUGAGAGGCGGGCCUGUUUGGGGAAAGAUACCACUCUGAAGCCUAGGACAGAGUGCCAGGCUCAUCCUGGGCCCAACAGCUGCUGUGCCCAGCAACUGCCGGUUAGCAGCCUCCUCCGAGGCCCUGAGAACUUGCAGUCCUCAUCCCCUGAGAAGACUCCCAACCCCAUGGAAUGCACCAGGCCAGGGGCAGCCCUGAGCCAAGAUUCAGAGCUGGUGGUGAACCUGGAGCAGUGUGAACAACUGGUGGCAGAGCUCUGUGGCAAUGUGCGCCAGGCUGUGCAGAUCUACCACUUGGUGGCUGGCUGCAAGAUGCCCUCAGCGGAGCAAAGUCGCAUCACUCAGCUCCUCAGAGACACCUUCUCCUCAGUGCGGCAGGAGCUAGAGUCCCUGGCUGGGGCAGUGCUGUCUAGCCCAGGCGGGAGCCCUGGGGCUGUGGGAGCUGAGCAAACACAGGCCCUGCUAGAGCAAUACUCAGAGCUGUUGCUUCGAGCUGUGGAGCAGCGCAUGGAACGCAGACUCUGAGUACCAGUCCCACGUGAAUGUUCCCCGUUUCAAACUUUAGCCCCUCCUCCACUCACCAAAACCUGCGAGGAUGCUUCGAGUGGAUAGCAGGAUCAGUGCUCAAGAGGUGAAGCAGCUUUCCCAGCUGCUCCUCACGGAGCCCCUGUAUUUAUUAAUUUAUUUCCCCGACUGUUGCCUCACUUUCUUGGAACUCCUGCCUACACAGCCCCUCCAGUGGCUCAUGGCAGGGGUAGGUCUUGGGUCUUUGUCAUCUUGGUGCUGUGAGGGUUGGGAGGGCAGCCUGCCACAUCUGGGGAAAUUGGGAAGGGCUGGCCCUCUCUUCUUAGAAAGCCAUUUGAAAUUACUGCAGGGAUCAGCUCCCUGGGGUGGAGCAUACACAGGGUACUCUGGGGUAAAGGUGAGAGGUGAUGUGGUAUUCAGUGCCCUUCAGCCAACUGCAGAGUUUUACCUCUACCUCCACUUCCCCUUCUACACCAGCUGUACUUCUCUGGCUGCCAGAGCAGGGGUGGUUUUCCCCACUCCUAGCAGUUCAUAAAGGCAGAGCUGUCUGGCUCUCCAGGGCGUCCCCAUCCAUCAGAAGAGUUGGUAUCAGGACCUGAGACCCCACAUUCCACUCCCAUUCUCCCUCCAAGAGGGCCCUAGCAUAGUCUUUGUCCCUGUGCCCCCAUCCUGUCCUGGCCAGAAUUUGUGGAGCCAGCUGUGGGACAUAGCUGCGGGACAGUAAAGCCCUUUGCUGGGCAAACAUGAAGCCCUGGCCUCCUUUCUUCAGUCCCUUGGCCUUCCCUACCCUCUAGCUCUGGUCCCAAGCAGGCUGGGGAGCCCAAAAGCCACCUUCUCCCUGCAUCCUGUGUGAUGCUCAGUCAGAAGCCUGUGUUGGAACUUCCCUCAUGGUUUACAGGGCAACGGCCCACCUUCUGAGGACCUUGGGCACAGAGGAAAUCAAUCUCUCGCUGAUGUAGGCCUGGUUUCCUCUUAUGUCCUGCCCCAACUUCACUAUCUGGCUUAUGUGGAAGUUAUAUCAAGGAGCAUGAAAAGAGAUGGAACACACUAAACCCAAAUUCUAGAUUUUUGGUGUUCACAACCUAGCUGAUAUGAGAUGGCCCAUAGGACACCAGGUUUGGGUAGAAGGAGCGUCCCUAAAGGCACUUGCUGGGCGUGUAAGGGUGUUCUGGAUACCAGAGGUUGGAUGAGAGGGAGGUACAGGGGCCAAGAGACACAUUGGAAAAGUGGUAGGUGGGACAGGUAAGUGGCAGAGGUGAGGGGAAAGGUUAGAAUUAGAAGGGGCAGUUGUUAGGGAUGAGGGAGAUAGGGCAUGGAGAGUAGGUAGGAAAGGACCAAGUAGUUAGGCAGUUGUUGAAGAGCUUGGGUGAAGAACAUGUGUCUCUGGGCCCUUCUACUUCCCUCUGCACCAGGUAAGUCAGUGCAGCUGUACCACAGCUUCAGGCUAUGAAAGUCUGUUCACCCAUACUGCUGGCUCUACGAGGAGACUUAGGAAGAAAUGGGUUAUAAAGGGUUCCCAGACACGUUGCAUCAGCCCGAGAGCACUUGAGCAGAUCCAAACUUAUCACACCCCACACCCUGUCUCUCAUGCUCUGCUACGGUCAGCUGCAUGGCCAAAUGGAAAGGAAAUCCUGGCCUAAGAAGUCUGGCAGCUGGGGGUGCGCCCCUAGCAGGGCUGCAGCUGCCUGUGAGGGUUAGAAAUCCACUUCCACUGUACCCCCAAUCCUUACACCAGCCACAGCCCACCGCAAGUAGGGCUCAGGUUGGCGCUCUGAGGCAGGUUCUUUGAUAACCCCAGCCUGUCCUGCAUGAGGAGGGAGCUACACUCCUGCUAAGAUUAGUGAGAAGGUGGCCGCUCUUUCCCUAACCUCUGUCCCAUGUGUGUGUGUUUGGGGCGGGGGGAUAGUGGGUCUUGUGGCCAGGCCGGCGCCCCGUCCCCUUCUGCAUGUCUGAGGCCACUGGUAAUUGCCGCCCCGUCCAGAUUUGCCCCGCCCCAGUUUUGAAAGCCCCUUAUUUAUAACUUUUGUACUUUGUCCAGGCCGGGGCGCUUCCCUCUUCCCCGGCUGCACGGGGCGGGAGCUGUU